AUGUACCGCACAAUCUCCAGCGACGAAUCCUCAUCCGGCUCGACAGGCUUGUUUCUCAUCGGGUUGUCGCUCGCCUCAACGCUAGUCGGCGGUGUUGUCGAUAUGAUGAGGGCCUCGGAGGAGGAAGUGACGCAUGCGUACGACACGGUGGGCAGAAACAUUCAGGAUAUGGUGGGGCGGGGCGGUGGCAAGCAAGAGGCGAUACUGUUCGGCUUGAAAGACUGGGCUCUGGAGCGGUGGGAUAAGUUCAAGAGCGAGAGUGACGCGGACGCGGCCCGGCGGCGGAGAAGAGGGACAGGCCCGGAGCUCGGCGUCGUGGUGUUGGAGCAGAGUGUGCAGUACAGUUUCUACAUUCUCCUCGCCCUAAAGGUGCUACCCACCAGCCUCUCCCUUGGCUCCCUCCGUCUCUACCAAGGCACCGUCGAUCACCUACUUCGGUCACUGAAGGAUUUCUCGCGCAAGGUCAAUACGGUCUUCCAGCUCGUCUUCUACAUAGCCGCAUAUACCGAGGCCGUUCAAGUUCCGGACAACCCGCACCUCUUCCGCCCUGUGUCGCCGGCGGACAUCGAUCUGCUCAACUUUGACGACCAUCGCCUUGACGGCGGUAUGAGCAUUGUCGCAUCCAACUUGAGCUUCCGGUACCCCGAGGCCAACCAGGACGUUCUCCGGGGUAUCAAUCUCACAAUCCUCCCGGGAACAACGCUCGCCAUUGUCGGUCUAAACGGAUCGGGCAGGACGACGCUCAUCAAGGCCCUCAUGGGGCUAUAUGAGCACCACGGCUCCCUCCUGCUCAACGGUCACCCCAUCACGGCGUACGAUCCCGCUACCAUCUAUCGGCGGACAUCCUGCCUCUUCCAAGACUUUUGCCAAUACUCGUUCACCCUGCGCGAGAACGUCGGGAUCGGCAACGUCGCUCGUAUGGGAGAUGACGAGGCGCUGGAAGUAGCGAUGGGCAGAGGCGGAGCAUGGGGCAUCAGAGACAAGGUGGGGCUAGACGGCAAGUUGAGUCGGUGGGGUAUUGGGAGCGACAUUGAUGCGGACGACGAGGUCCAGCUGCACGGAGACAAUACCACUGCACCUGGCGAGGCGGGAAGGUGGCAGAGUCUGGUGAGGCGAGGUCGAGGGUUGGCCAUGGCGCUGCGGGCAUGGUACACUGGCAACUCGAUGGGAGCGCGGGAUGUUCAAAAAGCCGCCCUCUCGGAUACCGGUACCGCAACCGGUACCACUGCGCCUGACGGUGUGUCCGGCGGAGGCGGGCUCGCGGCCACUCUCUCAGCUGCCAAUCCCGAAGCGCCUGCCAUCAAUCAGCUCAAGCUGAGCCCCACCGCCUCAACUGGUUCUCCCACGGCCAGCGCGGAGUAUAGCGCUGGACUCAGCGGCGGGCAAUGGCAGAAAAUCGGUCUAUCCCGCGCGUUUAUGCGGGCCAGCGAGGCUGAUCUUGUCGUUUUCGACGAGCCAUCUGCCAGCCUCGAUCCCCGAGCCGAAGCUCAGCUAUUCGAGCGGAUUCACACGCUCAGCCAUCAAGGCGGGCGGAAGGUCACUACGAUCUACAUCUCGCAUCGCUUUGCCACUGACAGGAAAGCAGAUCAAAUUGCCGUUGUGGAAGGUGGUACUAUCCUCGAGUGUGGUCCUCAUGCUGAGCUGAUGGCCAGAGGAGGGAGAUACCGGGAGCUGUACGAUAUUUAG